CUUUCACCUCAGACAGUAGUAAUGGAUGCUUUAUUCUGAUUGGACAAAUUGAUCCAAACCGUAGAAUGGAAUCCAAAGGAAGUGAAAUGAAGCUGGAUAAUAAAAUUUUGUGUCAUCGGUAGCUGUAUUACAGGGUGCACGCUUUUCGGUCGUGCAUGUGGAAAUUUCUCGAUAUGCAGUCAUGAAGCGAGUACGUACAGAACAAAUUCAGAUGGCAGUGACAUCUUACCUCAAACGCAGACAGUAUGUUGAUUCUGAGAGCACCUUAAAACAAGGUCUGCGCCUGUGCCAAACUGCAGAAGAGAUGGCUGCCAAUAUUACAGCUCAGACAGAGUCUGGUUGUGGUAAUGUAGUGUCUGCAGCUCCCCGCCUUCCUGAGCCACAGCAGUAUGAGGCACAGUUCAUACGAUUAAAGAAUUUCCUUGCAGAUUCCAACUCCCAGUGUAGUCGUGAAGUAAUGGCACUACUGUACCCUCUUUUCAUCUACCUCCACUUGGAUAUGGUGCACAGUGGCUUGAAGAGUGCUGCAGACAGCUUCUACAGCCAGUUUCAUGGCAUGUUUCUGCAAAAUGCAGACCAGAAAAACAUUAUCGAGCAGUUGCAGAUGACCUUAACGACCCAGGACAUUUCUUCCAACUUCAUACUCCGCUCAUUCCUGGAGAACAAGUUUGUAGUCCGCCUUCGUGAAGACAGCUACAACUACCUUCUCCGCUACCUCCAGAGUGAUAACAAUAGUGCUUUAUGCAAAGUUCUGGCAUCACACAUUCAUAUAGAAGUGCAAUACUCACAACGAGCAGACUACCAGCUUUACAACUGUGGUGUAGUGUCAUGCAGUGAGAGUAGUAACAUUGAACCUGUAGGCAUAUCGUCAUCCCUUCUCCAUAAUGAAGCUGCUUUGGACAUGCUGCAGGAUAGCAUUAAACGUGUGAAGGAAGGGCCACCGUCCCUUACCAGUAUUUGUUUUUAUGCAUUUUACAACACUGAUCAGCUGUUGAACACUGCUGCAGUUUCACCAGACAGUAAACUAUUGACUGCGGGAUUUGACAACUCCUGUGUGAAAUUGUGGAGUUUACGCACAAAGAAACUCAAAUCUGAGCCUUGCAGGAUAAAUGUUUCCAGGAUCAGUCUGGCUUGUGACCUCCAAGAUGAAGAG